AUGGAGAACCAUGACAGCGCGGUAACACAUCUUGCCACUGCAGUCAGGAUAUUUCAUGCUCAAAAAGACGCAUUCCGGAUAUAUCAUGGCUCAACAAACAGUACCCGUCAGUCACAAUAUCAGCGAGACAGAAUGAUAGAUACUUCUAAGCUCAACAAUGUUCUCAAAGUCGAUACUAGGAGCAUGACCGCUUUGGUGGAACCCAAUGUCCCAAUGGAUUCUCUGGUCGAGGUUACUCUGAAGCAUGGUUUACUUCCUCCUGUUGUAAUGGAGUUUCCAGGAAUCACAGUCGGAGGUGGUUUCGCUGGAACGGCUGGGGAGAGUUCUUCUUUUCGCUAUGGCUUUUUCGACCGAACUAUCAACUGGAUUGAGAUGGUUCUUGCCAAUGGAGAAAUUAUCAGAGCAUCCGCGACAGAGAACUCAGAUCUGUUUUAUGGCGCCGCUUCAUCAUUUGGGACGCUGGGUGUGACGACGCUCCUAGAGAUCCAACUGAUAGAGGCUAAGACAUAUGUAGCCUUGACCUAUAUCAAGGUCUCCAGCAUCUCCGAAGCUCAAGAGGAGAUUGAGAAGGCCACUAAGGACAAUUCAAAUGACUAUCUAGACGGUAUCAUGUACUCGAAGGACAACGGGAUCAUCUGUAUUGGUCGCCUCACGAACAAUGUCCCAACCGGUGUGAAGGUUCAAGGAUUCACACGCCCGACAGAUCCUUGGUUCUAUAUCCACGUUCAGCGCCUCAUGAAGAGUCGUGCAAGCCCAGUCACUGAAGCAAUACCCGUUGUAGAUUACCUUUUCCGUUACGACAGGGGCGGUUUCUGGGUGGCGAAGUAUGCAUAUGCCUACUUCAUCACGCCGUUUAACCGAAUCACCCGCUUCCUUCUCGAUUAUUUCAUGCACACUCGGGUGAUGUAUCACGCUCUCCAUCAAAGUGGUCUCUCGUCGUUUUACACCAUCCAAGACGUUGCGAUACCCUUUGAAGAAGCAGCUACAUUCAUGUCAUAUCUCGACGAGAACUUCAAGCACUACCCGAUAUGGCUCUGUCCACUCAAACAAAGUGGCAGCGCAUCAACACAUAGUCUUCAAGUCCUAAAAACCAACAAGCGGCGUCCUGAAAUGAUGCUCAAUUUUGGGGUGUGGGGACCUGGCCCGAAGAAACGAGAAGACUUUAUACAGUGGAAUCGAGCAUUUGAGAAGAAGGUGGAUGCACUUGGUGGUCAGAAAUGGUUAUACGCCCACACAUAUUAUACCGAAGAGGAAUUCGAUGAGAUAUAUAAUCGAGAGCAGUACGAUACUUUGAGAGGGAAAUACCAUGCAACGUACUUGCCGAGUGUGUAUGAUAAGGUGAAGGUCGAUGUUGAGAAAGAGAGGAGAUUGAGAGCAGAGUCGAAACUGAGCGCUUUCUUAUGGAACAUUUGGCCACUGAUGGGAUUGUAUGGUGUGUAUAAAGCUAUGAUUGGCGGAGAUUAUCUUUUGCCUAAGACAGGUAAAGAAACUUCCAAGAAGUCAUGA